UCUUUUCCGUUGGCCUCGGCCGCCCACCGGGACGCACUUCUGGUCUCCGUGCGCAAGUUUGGGCGUUUUCCCUCCCGGUUCUCCUCCUUCAUUACUUGAAACGGACAUUUUACCGGAAAAGACAGGAGAGUAGCGCCUUCUGCUCGGUCUUACCGUCACCGCCUGGUAUUCGUUAUUUUCUCCUCUCGGUAAACGGAGGAGCAGACGCCGGAAGAAGCGGGACUUUUCGGGGGACGGGUAAACUCCGCCGACAGCUUCCAUGCGGGUCCACGCACAGGCUGUGCGAUCGUGGCUGAUCCGGGAUCAGUCUGAUGGACUUUAGGCUGUCUCUGUGAGCCUGUGGUCAUGAAGCUGCUCUGCUCUUUCUACCGCUCGCUGUGGUUCCUCGUGCUCCUGGGAGUCGGAUCCCUGCUGCUGCUGGCCCACCUGCAGGACCUCAGCGACACGGUCCAGCAUCAGACCUCAGGCGUGAACGUGCCGGUGGCUCCCAGGUGGCCCGUAGAGAAGGAUCUGGUCGCAGUCAGCUCAGCAGCCGCACAGCAGACUGGAGACGUCGCUGCCGCCUCGUCUGACUCGUCUUCGCUGAUGCUUGAUGACUCGCCAGUCGGCUCCAAACAGCCGGUCACCAAACGGCACAGGAAGCUCCUCCUGAAGACCAGCUUUGCAGCUUCUAGCGCUCCUGCUGGUGGAGAGCAGAAACGACGCCUGAAGCAGCAGCAGCGGCUGGCGAAGGCGCAGGAGUCGCGACGCCGCCUGCUGGCCGACGUUUGUGCCAAAUACCAGCCGGGCGUCACCGAGCAGCGAGUCUCCCGGCGGCAGGUGUCCCGGGUUUACGUGGAGGACCGGUCGAAGCUGCUGUACUGCGAGGUGCCCAAAGCUGGCUGCUCCAACUGGAAGCGGGUGCUGAUGGUGUUGGGUGGCAGCGCCACCUCCACACGGGACAUUCCUCACGACGCAGCACACUACGCCAACAACCUGCGGCGGCUGGAGAGCUACGACCACGCUGACAUCGCCGACAGACUCCACUCCUACACCAAAGUGCUGUUUGUCAGGGAGCCUUUUGAGCGUCUGGUGUCUGCGUUUCGGGACAAGUUUGAGAGCCCAAACUCGUACUACCACCCCGUGUUCGGACGGCCGAUCAUCUCCAGGUACCGCACCAACGCCACGCGUACCGCCCUGCGCACCGGCGCCGGCGUCACCUUCAGGGAGUUCGUCCAGUAUCUGCUGGACGUACGUCGGCCGGUGGGGAUGGACAUCCACUGGGAGCCGGUCAGCCAGCUGUGCAACCCCUGCCUCCUCAGGUACAACUUCAUCGGGAAGUUUGAGAGUCUGGAGGAGGAAGCCAACUUCCUGCUGCAAAGCAUCGGUGCGCCGAGGAACCUCACCUUCCCCGACUUCAAGGACAGGAACCCCCGCGCAGAGCGGACUUCCUCCAAAAUCACCCAGAGAUACUUUGCUCAGCUGAACUCCACAGAGAGGCAGAAGGCCUUCGACUUCUACUACAUGGAUUAUCUGAUGUUUAACUACCCCAAACCCUUCAAAGACCUGCACUGAGCGGGUGAACCAUCCUCCACAGCUGAACCUCUGAACUCAGUCGGCUGUCGGCUUGUUUACCCACAAUGCAGCUGGCCUGACGGGAACAUGGCCGCAGGAACGAGUGGAUGUGCGUCGCCGAGAACAAACCCCUGAUGAGAUCCUGCGGGCUUUAAAUGUGCACUGACUGCUUUGUUUGUCGUUAACAGAGUGCAGGUCGUCACUGCCCUGAACACCAGCUCUGAGCCACCGUUUGGUCACCACUCUGUUCCUGAGCUGAACCAAACACACCUGGUCUGACCAGGAUGUACCUGACCACAAUUUUCAUCUUCCAUCUAACGCAGAAACUCAAACCAUCAAAUUGAACAUCUGCAGGUGUUUGUGGUGGAUCACUAACGUGAUCCCUCCUGAAAGCGUCUAAAUUAAUGUUUAAAGGUGGCGACUGGCUCUGCGGACACGAGUCUGUCGCCAGGUGUUGCUCUUCCGGUCAGCUGUUCACAGUGAGAAACAAUUUUGAUUGGUCAGCUCCACAUGACUCAGCGAAACAUCUUUACGCCUUUUGUUCUGUCGUAGCCUUCAGUCACGCAGCCAUAACGACUUCUGUGAAGUUCGGCUUCAGUUCACUGAUCUCAGAUCGCGUCUGAUUCUUUCUUUCAGUGGGGACGUCUGUCCUCAGAAAAACACCUGGACAGCAGAGAGACGGGUAACCGUCUUCUCCUCUUUACAGCUAACACACAACAACCACAGCCAUCAGACAAGUGAGGAGACAGACAGGUGAGCAGACAGACAGGUGAGGACUGAGACAGACAGGGGAGCACUGAGACAGACGGGUGAGAAGUGAGAUAGACAGGUGAGGACUGAGACAGACAGGGGAGCACUGAGACAGACGGGUGAGGAGUGAGAUAGACAGGUGAGGACUGAGACAGACAGGGGAGCACUGAGACAGACGGGUGAGGAGUGAGAUAGACAGGUGAGGACUGAGACAGACAGGGGAGCACUGAGACAGACAGGUGAGCACUGAGACAGACAGGUGAGGAGCAGUUUUCAGGUGUGUCAGUGUUGAAGCUGUGGGGAGUUCGGGGACGUCUGAAUGUGUCCUUCGGUGGACGUCACCGAGCGGCUGCAGACUGCAGGUUUGUGUGGACACAGUGUGGACAGGAUUUGAAUGUGGACGUAGUUUAUAUGAAUUAUAUUCUCUGCAUAGGCUUGUUGUUUGUGUCCUGCUUGUCUGUAAGACGAUGAGACCCGGGGUCCAACUAAAAUGAAACUUCCUGCCUUUGUGAGAGUCGAGUGUCCUCGACUCUGCUGGUCUGGCAUCAGACCUGGAAGCCUUAACACUGCCAUUUCACCUGAUGCUUUAUGGAUGUUGGUUGUUGAAAGUGUCGCCGUGGUAACAAAUAAAUGUGUGAGAGUCUU